GGAUAGAUAGAUAGAAAAAGAGAGAGAGAGAAAGAAAGGAAGAAAGAAAGAGAGAGAAAGAGAUAGAGAUAGAAGGAACAAGCAGCGAGACGAUCACGAUGCACAGAGGCGAGCACAAGCGAGCAGAGGCACAGGGCUGAGGGCUGAGGGCUCAACAGGGCCUUCUACGACGAUUUACGGAAUCUGGCCUGAAUCAGCCAGCAACGAUGGAACAAACGAAAACUCCGGUCUCACGGCUACUCACUACAACCUGCAUCGAGAACAAGGACGACCUGGAGGAGAAAUUUGAAAGAUGCUAUGCCGUACUUCAAAAUCUGACUACAGGCCUUUCGGAAAAGGAAGCACAUGAUACGUUGAACAAUGCAGUAUGCAAAGACAAAACGCACGAAGAAGUUUCCUUGGGAUUGGUAGUUGUUAUUUUAACGGAUAAACAAAAUGCCUCUAAAAGUUAUAGAGACUUAACGCUUAUAACCAGAGACGGUCUUUCAAUUGUGUUGGGACAUCUUAAUCAGUUGGUACUGGAAAGGUAUCUCAGACUGAACGAUGUUUCCCGAGGUCAACUUUUGUGGUUAUUACGUGAAAUGAUAAGGACUAGCGUAGCUAAUGUUGAUAAUCUUUGUUUAACUUUAUUGAGACAUGCGGCUGGUGGAGAUAUCUCUCAAAAAAAUCUGUUCCUAGUCGAGGCCCUCUUGGAUAUAUUUCAAGAAAAUCGGCCAUGGCUGGACAAAUUUCCUUUUUUGGUGGCAUCUAUUGUUUAUACGUAUUUACGAUUAAUAGAAGAUCACAACAGUCCUCAUCUGACCGGUCUUCGACAGAAGGAAGUUGCUUUUACGGUAUCUCUUUUAAGAGAGAGGAUAGUGGAUUGUUUAGUUAUCGGAAGGGAUUUGGUGCGAUUAUUACAAAAUGUUGCGAGGAUACCAGAGUUUGAAGCACUUUGGAAAGAUAUAUUGUUAAAUCCAAAAUCUCUAUCACCUAACUUCAGCGGAAUUCUUCAGCUUUUACAAACAAGGACUUCUCGAAGGUUUCUUCAAUCGCGGCUUACUCCGGACAUGGAAAGAAAACUAGUUUUUUUAACGAGUCAAGUUCGUUUUGGAAAUCACAAACGUUAUCAAGAUUGGUUUCAAAGACAGUACUUGGCAACACCCGAAUCACAAUCUUUGAGGUGUGAUUUAAUACGUUUUAUUGUCGGCGUUAUACACCCGACCAAUGAAUUAUUGUGCUCGGAUAUAAUACCUCGGUGGGCGGUGAUAGGGUGGUUGUUCACUACUUGUACCUCUACGGUAGCUGCGAGUAACGCCAAAUUAGCUUUAUUUUAUGAUUGGCUUUUCUUUGACCCAGAGAAAGAUAAUAUAAUGAAUAUCGAGCCUGCUAUUCUUGUCAUGCAUAAUUCAAUGAGAUCUCAUCCACCUGUUACUGCCACGCUAUUAGAUUUUUUAUGCAGAAUAAUACCAAACUUUUAUCCGGCACUGACAGAAAAAGUUAGAAACGGAAUAUUUUUAUCAUUGAGACAAAUUUUGGAAAAACGCGUAUUACCUAGUCUUUAUCCGUUAUUCGAUAGUCCAAAAUUGGAUAGAGAAUUGAGGAACAAAAUUAGAGAAACUUUCAAGGAAUUUUGCUUACCACCUAACGCAGAUCUAGCAGGUAAUAAGGUUCCGAUAUAUUCAGGUAAAAUGGAAGAUCUUAAUAAGGAUCUCAAUUCAGGGUUUAUCACGGAUAAUACGACAAACACGCCAGUAGAAAACAAUCACGUGGGUCAGGAUCCAGAACCAGCAUUCAGUGACGAGGAAGAAGAAAUGCCAUUAAGAAUCGUUACAAGAGUAGAAGAGGAGGAAGAUGAAGAGGAUGUACCUUUGGCUACGAUCAAACUUAAGAACGAACAAAAAAAUGCAAAUUGCGUUUCUAAAAAGGAAGACAUCACCUCUCAGUUAAAUCUUAUUUUAGAACCGGAAGAAUUGAGAACUGCCAUUGGAAGCCUACAUAGUGAAAGUGAUAAUGAAAUUAAAUGUCAAGCGGUUGAAAGAAUAGUACAAAUGGUCGUAGAAGACGAAAUAGAUGCGGAAACUGUGCCAGGUUUAGCGUCUUGUUUGUCGACGAUUCUGUCAAUUCAAAUAACAGCACAGAUAUAUCCGGAUAAUUUAAACGAAGAAUCAUUGACUGAUAGUAUAAGCACGCCAUUGUUUGUUAUGUUUCGAAAUCAUUAUCAAUUGUGUAAAGAAGAAGACAAUAGGAGAAAACUUUUAGCUAGAGUACUAGCUGAAAUGCAUUCUAUUCAACCAAGGAUAGGAUAUUUACUUUUAUAUUUUUUAAAAGUAUGGGGCAGAGAAGAAGAAAAGAGAGAAAGGGAACCAAGUAAUGUCUUAAACGAUGUAAAAGCCUCCGUUUAUAAGGACUUCUGUGCGCAGAGAGAAAAAAAACUGGACGCAUGUAUAGUCGCAGAUUUAAAAUUAUGUCACGAAGACAACAUAUCUAUGAUGUGUUACUUGGUGCCUGACAUAUACACUGGAUUUCCAAACGUUGCUCUUGGAAAUGUUCAAUUAAUGCACUUGGUCGUAUCGACCGUCGAUUCGGGUCAAUUACAAGAAUUAAUUUGUCAAAUAAUGCAAGGCCAUCUUAAAAUGAUGAAGAAGGAAUCUUUCACGUCAUUGGUUACAGCAAGCUUAAAUUGGGAAACCUUCGAGCAGAUCAUUUUUUGGCAAUUAAUAUCUGCUCACGAUUUUCCCAUUGAAUAUUUUUUGCCUGUAUUACCAAAAUUACAAUUUCGCGAUCAUUCGGAAGCAUUAACACCAAUACUACUUAUGCUUAAACAAGAAAAACCAACUUCGGAGCUUUUACGACAAUUACUCACGCGUCAGAACGUGGAUGGUGAUUUGUUUGUAGUUUCUGCCUUACGUUUUUGGUGUCGCGAUUAUGAGGAUAAACUUGGUGAAUUAUUGGCUAAUUUAUUAAGUACACGUUAUCCUGCAACUAGUCCAAAUAAAAGAAAACGUUCUGGAGCUAAACACAACCAACAAUCUGUACCACCGACUGGCGAACAAGUUUUAGGUCAUUUAGAUUAUUUGCGUCAGAAUUGUACGUCAUCUACGGAGUUACAAUUGUAUCACACGGAACUAAUGCAGAGAGCGUUGCAACAAGCUCAAGCUGCCGGUAGUGAUACACUGAGAAAGAAUUAUGGUGAUUUGUUCGCGUUAGCAGAAGUCAACGAAGAAAACGAACCACCUCCGCCCCCGCCUACGAGUUCUGCGAGAAAACACGCGGCUGCUUCGGGUGGUGGUGGAGCUGGUGGUGGCGGGGCCAAAGGAGGAAAUAGAAAAGUUGGCGUCAACACGAGGGAAAGAACGAGUUCGAAAAAACAAAUUCGAUAUCACCUAGACAGCACAUCUAGCAGUGAGGAAGAAGAAAUCGUUAAUCCAAAGCAAGCGAAAAAGAGAAAAAAAAUUAUAGUGGGCUCGGACAGCGACUGACCACCCAGUGUCUUCACGUGUCACAUGGACCACGUCAUGUGUGUGCAGCAAGAUAAAUUAGCAUUAAGAAUAGUAAGAUAAUACCGAUAUACAUAGUAGAUUUAUCUAGCGCGACUUUUUUGUACAUAUAUAUAUUAUACGUUUAAAAAUUGGAAUACGAAACGGAUAUGAUGUGUGUUUUGUUGAUUGAUUGAUUGAUUGAUCGAUUGAUUGGUGCCGAGGUCUUCUUCUUCUACUAAACGCGUUUCGUAAUCUAAUUAAACGUAAAAUGGUGCCAGGCUCUCGUUAUUAUCAACGUUAAAUCUAUGGUACGUAUGUGUAUUGGAAAAUAGUAUGUGCUGGUGUGUGAGUAAUACGAGUGAAUGAAUGUAUGUACGUAUAAAUGUAUGUAUGUCAAUCUCUUGCGAUUAGUUUUUUUCCAAAGUAAAAGAAAGAAAACAAAAAAAAAAAGAAGUAAUACUCUUAUCAUAUCGACUUAUCGGUGCAUAAAUUUUAAUCGAUUAAAAACACAAAAAAAAA